AUGGAUACACCUGCAGAAGACGUCCCCAACUUCGGCCUGGAGCCAGCGCGGCUCUGCAGUCCAGAGCCACCUGCCCCAGCAAAUGUGCGCGCCGAAGUUGACGGCGUCGACUCUGCAGGAAUCCGGGCCGAAGGCAUGCACUGGAGGCCCCCGAAUGCUGCCCGGGAGGCCGGUCCCGCGAGGCCGCAGGGAGCGGGUGCCCGCCGCCGACGCCGCUGCCAAGGCUGCGUCCAAGUUGGGCGGGGAACGGCCGGCUGCCGGGGGCCGUCGGGAGGAGGGACGGAAAGCGAGCGCGGCGGGAACCCGCUCCCUGGAGCUGUGCGCGCCCCCGGCGGCGGCCGCGCGGCUCCUACCUGUGGCGUGAGGGCGGCCUCAGGAACCUGCGCGGUGGCGGCGGAUUCUCGGGGCUCCGGCGCAGCUGGCACCGCUGGAGGCAGGGGAGCGGGGAAAGAGGCAGGGCCAGAGCGGGGACCGCGCCGCCGCCCGGAACUCCGCGCCGGGAUUCGCGUUGGCCCAGCAGGGGUGGGGCGAGGCGGUGCCCGGCCAGGCGCGUCUCCGCGCAGGCUGAACGCCCCCGCCGGGGAGGAGGUCUCCGGCCUCUGA